GGUCCUUAUUUUGUGCCUUUACCUUUUCGAGGGGUCCCGUCCGCUUUUCGUCUCUCGAAUCCGAACCUUCUUUUCUUUUUCACAUUCACCAUCCCCUCUAACCUUGUCUGUUGGCGUCCUCACCCUCAUCCUAUCGACGAUCUCCCACACUCUCGACGAAAAAGCCCGCUUGGUGGGAUUGGCAGUGCUAACAGCUUUCGUGGAAUCCCUUCCCGUAUAGAAAGCUGGGCUGCCCUUGAGAGUGCUGCUUUCUUUUUCUUUCUCCUCUUCCUCUUUUUUCCCUUUCACCCCCCAGGAACUGCCUUCUGUAUUGCAUGUCACAGAAGUAACCGGACGCCUCCCCUUCCCGCGAGAAAAGUAAUAAUCGGAAAACCGGUCCAUGGUUCCCGCUGAAUCGGACACUCACCCACUAUACAAUCCGACUUCCAUUCCAGUCCAGCGAGCCUCGUCCAGGUCAUCAUGUCGAUAGUGUCGAUAGAAUCCAGUAUCGACAGGGCGAAGAAACUCGUCAGAUCCAAGAUACGGAGUAUGAUGGACGAAUGCAGGAUUCGAAGGCUUGCAAUGGAACUCCAUUCCGGCUUGUCUUGCCAUCCUACACGGGAGUCUAGAUGUGGGGAGGUACUGAGAAUGGCUCGGAGAAGGCUUUCUCUUCUUCGUCCUGGGCAGCGGAUGGUAGCCCCGACCCGGGAUGGUACCACUGCCUCCAAAGGGUUUGUUUUUCGCAAACCGCGGGUGCUCUGUUGGGAACGUGCCCUUUGCUGACUCCUUGCGUCUCAGCUCCCGUUCACUAGGGGAUUUGUUCUUCGGCCUUCCGGUUGAGCUUCAGUUGGAAGUCGUCAAUAAACUAUUCUUCUUCGACCUUCUGUCGCUGCGGAGGACAUCACAGAAGUUUAGAGAGCUCACAAUGCAAAACGAGAGCCACAUAGUCAGGCAUCAUAUCGGCCAGUGGGUGCCGUUACAUAUCACGAAACUAUAUCCUCCUCCCGCGGAUGCGCCACCCACGCUGGUAUACCUCACUGACCUGGCAUACAAACAACGGGUAUCGACGCAUUUGGCACUGUCAUUAGCACGCCAAAUUGUGAAAGAGAUGAUGGGGGGACGCCAGGCUCGGAGAAUGUCGAAGGAGGCCACGGUAUAUGUUUUGAAUCAACUGCGGUUAGGAAUGGCACCCUUGAUAUUCGCGUUAUUUCACUUUUUCGAAACGUACAGAACGCGGAGGCUGGAGCGCUUAUGGGGAAAUGACGAUGAUGAUGAUGAGGACCCAUCGACGGCGGGAUUAGAUCCGCUAUCACCGGCGGACAAGAGGCGACUUCAGGGGGAUAUAAUAUCACAAUAUCCCGAUAAUUUAUUGUUGCAAGUACACCAGAUGUACCAUUUGCUUUUACACUUGUUCAUGCGAAGAAUGAGCUCGCCAUCACUCUCGGUACCCCGAACUCUGGGCUGCUGGACACGGCAGCGGCCGCCAAACCAAGCUUUCGCAAAGGUUCUUAUCCUUGGUGGAAUCAAAGAGGUCUGGCACAUCUACCGAAUAAAGGGGUAUUGCCGCCGCCGCAAGGCACUGGACAAGUUCCUCCGCAAGCUCGACACGGAGCGGACACGUCUGCCCAAACGUAGGAGCGCAUUUAAAGCAAGGGUAACCACCGCUCCACAGCGAAAUAAGGGGUCUUCCGUUGCCUUAAACCUCGACAUAACCGCGCUAUCCCGCUCAGACUACAAUCACCCGCCACCGCCCCCCUUAUCCAAGCUGGCAAAGCUGGACGUCGAUGACCUGACACAACUCUGGACCCCCGCCGCCGAGCACAGACUGAUACUAGGAGGAAUUGUGGGCAGUCUGGAGGAAGUUCGGUGCUGCGGCCAGUUUGUCAGUCAGCUACUCGGUGGGGUGACGGAAUCGGACGACGAGGAGGACGAUGCCGAUGGCGACGACUCGGAUGAUGACUCGGAUGAUUCUGCGGACGACGAGGUUUUGCCUGCGUUGCCAAUUGGCGGAGCGAAUGCGGAUUAUUCGAACACCUUGUUGAGCGCAGAUGGUUCUUGGGACGACGAGCUUGCCGAGGAGGACAGUGGGCUGUUUUCCGACGAUGAGGGGCUCGGGCUGGCAUCUGUACUCGCUAGCGUUUGAUGCCGUAGAUGGACGCGGUAUGAUUCUUCAGGCAGUAUUUAUUUUGAGAUAACUGACAAUGUUCAUAUGGGUUAUGUUUGGGUUCUUUUUUAUACAUAUAUAUAUAUUUUUUAUUUUACUUAUGUCUAUUCAUAUUUGUUUCACGAAUAUCCCACCCACCAUCGCCAUCACCAUCGUCUUGACAUUACAGCACAACAUGAUAGCAUUCUGUUAUAUUGCAAAUACUGUGGGAAAAUAUGGAAUCUCUAUUGAUUGAAUUCUUUUUUAUAUAUACAUAUACAUUUUUUUUCUUUUUUCCUUUCUAGUUGUUGGCACUCUACGGUACACUCUUGUUUCCAAGUUAUAUCUGGGGGUGGGAGGUUUCUUGUCAUUUUCUUGCCUGGUCUGUUGGUCUGUUGGUCGGUCGGGUCGGGUCUGUUUGGGUUUGGUUUAGUUUCGUUUAGUUUAUACUUUAAUGAAAAAAUAAAGAUGAAAAAAAAAACUCUCACAGUGCCUGGAUAUCAUUGUUUUUUUAUUAUUAUUUCUAAUAUCAUUAGAAGUAUGAGAUGGGGA